GUAUAUCUGUCAACAGGCGUUUUGUUUAUUAAAUCAAGAAAAUGAAUGACUGUUGUCUCAGCGUACAAACACGGAAGACACCUCUCCUUAGACAAUUGAAACGCAAGCUAGAAAGCAGCAUGGUGGACAAGAAUAUCUACAUCGUCCAGGGUGAAAUUAGUACUGUUGUUGGAGCUAUCAAGAGGAAUUCCAGAUGGAAUACCCACACAACACUGGAUGAAGAACAGGACCCUUUACUUAACAGCUUUGGCUACCUCAAGGAAAUACUCAACAACAUACAAGAGCUGUCAGAUGUUGAACCGAACGUUUUUCUGAGGCCCUUCCUAGAAGUGGUCCGCUCUGAGGACACCACUGGACCAAUCACAGGCCUGGCCCUUACUUCUGUCAAUAAGUUCCUUUCCUUUGGUCUUAUAGAUGCUAACCAUGAAGCAGCAUCAGAAGCCAUUGAGAACAUGGCAGACGCAGUCACACACGCUCGAUUUGUGGGAACGGACCCUGCCAGCGAUGAAGUCGUCCUUAUGAAAAUUCUGCAGGUCCUGAGGACUCUGCUGCUGACGCCAGUCGGAGCCCAUCUGACCAACGAGUCUGUUUGUGAGAUCAUGCAGUCCUGCUUCAGGAUCUGCUUCGAGAUGCGUCUAAGUGAGCUCCUCAGGAAAUCAGCUGAACAUACACUGGUUGACAUGGUGCAGCUACUGUACUCCAGACUACCACAGUUCAAAGAAGAGGCCAAGAGUUACGUGGGUGCCAACAUGAAGAAGUUGAAGAUGCGCGCCGGUGGGAUGAGUGAGUCAUCCAAAUGGAAGAAGCAGAAACGCUUGCCAAGGCCGCCUCACCACAUGGUCCGAAGUCCCUCCGGUCAGAUGGACUCAAACCAGUCAAGCACCCUCAGCAACAACAAUCUCUUAGGUGGCGUCCCAUUCAUUGAGCAAGGUUUGUCCACCUCUAGCCUGCCAGCUUCAGACAGUGCUGGUUCGUCUGUUUCCAGCCCUACAACCACAGACAGUGGCCUGGACAUCUGUUCCAAAGCCACCUCCAGGGAAGACCUUUCUGACCUCGAACAAUGUAACUCGUGUGCUACCACACUUCCUAGGACUGAGCCUGGCUCUCCGGAUGCACAGUCUGAGGGCAGGCAAGUUGAACGAGCUCAGUCGGCCUCAGUGGAGUCCAUCCCUGAGGUUCUGGAGGACAAAGACACCAUUACAGAGCAGUCAGACGACAUGGACUAUGUCAACCCCCGAGGAGUACGUUUCACACAGUCCACACAAAGAGACGGUAGUCCUCUCAUCCCAUAUGGCCUGCCAUGUCUAAGGGAGCUUUUUCGCUUCCUGAUCUCACUGACCAAUCCCCAUGACCGCCACAACACUGAUGCCAUGAUGCACAUGGGCCUGCAGCUGCUGACUGUUGCACUUGAGUCGGCACACAUUACUAACUACCAGUCUUUACUCGGACUGGUCAAAGAUGAGCUCUGCAGACAUCUCUUCCAGCUGCUGAGUGUGGACCGUAUGAACCUUUACGCUUCCUCCAUACGAGUUUGCUUCUUGCUUUUUGAAAGCAUGAGAGUACAUCUUAAGUUUCAGCUUGAGAUGUACCUAAAGAAACUGAUGGACAUCAUCACGUCAGAGAACAUUAAGAUGCCCUAUGAGAUGAAGGAGAUGGCUCUGGAGGCUCUUGUCCAGCUGUGGAGGAUUCCCAGCUUUGUCACUGAGCUGUACAUCAACUAUGACUGUGACUUCUACUUCUCAAAUCUGUUUGAGGACCUCACCAAGCUGCUGUCCAAGAAUGCGUUCCCAGUGUCAGGGCAGCUCUACACCACCCACCUCCUGUCCCUGGAGGCUCUGCUCACUGUGAUCGACAGCACUGAAGCCCAUUGCCAGGCCAAGGUACUCAACAGCACUGCUCAGCAAGACCAGUCAGAAACACUGCUGGCAGAGGGAGAAGGUUCCAGCAAGAACGGAACAAACACUACAACUGAUUUUAAUAGCAGUACCAAUGGUCUGAGUCUGCCACAAGCUGAGUAUGCACCAGUGUGCCCACCAACCAGCGGACAUCUGAUGGCAGAGAAGAUGAGACUCGGUAGACAGGAUCAGGGGGACAAUGACACUGCUGAGAAGAGUGCCUUGAAAAAGCCUCAACGUUUCUCGUCGUGUUUACCUGAUUCCCAAGAGUUGAUGGAAAUUAGAACAAAGAAAAAGCUGCUGAUCACAGGCACAGAGCAGUUUAACCAGAAGCCCAAAAAGGGAAUCCAGUUUCUUCAGGAGAAAGGCCUUCUCGGUAACCCCAUAGACAACGACCAGGUGGCGCAGUGGCUCAGAGAAAACCCUCGACUGGACAAGAAGAUGAUUGGCGAGUUUGUCAGUGAUCGCAAGAACAUGGAGCUCCUGGACAGCUUUGUAAACACAUUCACCUUCCAGGGGCUUCGUAUUGAUGAGGCCCUGCGGCUCUAUCUGGAGGCCUUUAGAUUACCUGGAGAGGCUCCUGUCAUCCAGAGACUCCUUGAAACCUUUACAGACAACUGGCAUAAAGUGAACGGCUCUCCUUUCAUGACCAACGAUGCAGGCUUUGCCUUGGCCUACGCUGUCAUAAUGCUGAACACUGACCAGCAUAACCAUAAUGUCCGAAAGCAGAAUAUCCCCAUGACUAUAGAGCAAUUCAAGAAAAAUCUGAAAGGAGUAAAUGGAAACAAAGACUUUGACCAGGACAUGUUGGAGGAUAUCUACAAUGCUAUCAAGAAUGAAGAGAUUGUGAUGCCAGAUGAGCAGACAGGGUUAGUGAAGGAUAACUAUGUAUGGAGUGUGUUGCUACACCGCGGCGCCACUCUUGAGGGUGUUUUCCUUCACCUGCCGCCGGGCAGCUACGACCAUGACUUGUUCUCCAUGACCUGGGGUCCCACCAUCGCUGCCCUCUCCUACGUCUUUGACAAGAGCCUCGACGACAACAUCAUCCAGAAGGCCAUCACUGGUUUCAGGAAAUGCGCAAUGAUAUCAGCUCACUAUGGCUUCAGUGAUGUUUUCGACAAUUUGAUCAUCUCCCUCUGCAAGUUCACCACUCUGAGCAGUGAGUCUGUGGAAAACCUUCCUACAGUGUUUGGCAGUAAUAAUAAGGCUCAGACAGCAGCCAAGACUGUGUUUGAUCUCGCCCAUCGGCACGGAAACAUCCUGAGGGAGGGCUGGAAGAACAUCAUGGACUCCAUGCUACAGCUGUUCAGAGCCGAGCUCCUUCCUAAAGCCAUGGUUGAGGUGGAGGAUUUUGUGGAGCCGAAUGGGAAAAUUUCUCUUCAAAGAGAGGAAACGCCUUCAAAUCGUGGUGAGUCGGCAGUGUUGAGUUUUGUCAACUGGUUGACGUUAAGUGGAGCCGAGCAGUCGGGUCUCAGAGGACCGUCCACAGAAAACCAGGAGGCCAAGCAGGCUGCUAUCCUCUGCAUAAAGCAAUGUGACCCAGAAAAGCUGAUCACAGAGAGUAAAUUUCUACAGCUGGAGUCUUUGCAGGAGCUAAUGAAGGCUCUGAUAUCGGUUACCCCAGAUGAAGAGACUUAUGAUGAAGAGGAUGCUGCCUUCUGCUUGGAGAUGUUGCUGCGAAUCAUUCUGGAGAACCGAGACCGUGUGUCAUGUGUGUGGCAGACAGUGAGAGACCAUCUCUGCCAUCUUUGCGUCCACCCCAACGAGAGCUGCUUCCUGGUGGAGAGGGCUGUGGUGGGACUCCUUCGACUCGCAAUUCGCCUGCUACGACGAGAAGACAUUAGCUCUCAGGUUCUCCUAUCCCUGCGUCUCCUGCUGAUGAUGAAGCCUCACGUUCUGUCCCGGGUCAGCAGGGAGGUGGCCUUUGGUCUUCAUGAGCUGCUGAAGACUAAUGCAGCCAACAUCCACUGCACAAACGACUGGUUCACACUCUUCUCCUUGCUGGAGUGCAUCGGAGCUGGAGUUAAACCUCCUGCCUCUUUCCAGCUCACCUCCACCACUACUGACAACGACACAGGAGCCCAAUCAGAUAGCGAGCUGCCAUCUCAUCAUGUCAGUGAAGUGAGUACAGAGCGUGGCUACACGUCUGACUCAGGGGUCUACACUGAGCACAGCAAGACCAGGAUCCCUCGCUCUGCAACAGAUGUGGAUGUAGCAACCAGUGGAUGGCUUGUGGUUGGAAAAGAUGACCUGGAGACAAGUAAGAGCCCUGCAGUAAACUCUAAAGCUCAGCUGAAUAACCCACUGGUCAACCAGUACAGUCUGACGCUGGGUCAGGACCUUGGCCAGCACGACACCAAGUCUCUCAUCAAGUGUGUAGAAACGCUCUCAUUCAUCGUCCGUGAUGCCGCCCACGUCACCCCUGAUAACUUUGAGCUGUGUGUUCGAGCUAUACGAGUGUUUGUGGAGGCCAGUCUCAAUGGAGGUUACCGCAACCACGACAAGAAGAAGAGCCACAAAUAUGACUCCUCCAAGUCCCGGAUGAGAAAGAAGGGAGGGACAAGGGACAAGGAGGGUGGAGGUGGCACGAGGCGAGGUGGCAGCCGGGCGUCCAGCCAGCGCCCAUCACGUUCCCACAGCGACGAAGAGGAGGACGAGGGUGUCCCGGCCAGCUACCACACAGUGUCAUUACAGUUGUUAGACCUGAUGCACACGCUGCACACGCGGGCUGCCAGCAUCUACAGCUCCUGGGCAGAGGAGCAACGCCAUCUGGAGGCUGCAGGGAGGAAGAUCGAGGCCGACUCCCAGACUCUGUGGACCAGCUGCUGGUGCCCGCUGCUGCAAGGCAUUGCUUGGCUGUGCUGUGAUGCCAGACGACAGGUUCGUAUGCAGGCCCUCACCUACCUUCAGAGGGCGCUGCUGGUCCAUGAUCUGCAGACACUCGACGCGACUGAAUGGGAGUCCUGCUUCAAUAAGGUGCUUUUCCCCCUGCUGACUAAGCUGCUUGACAACAUCAGCCCAGCAGAUGUGGGCGGUAUGGAGGAGACCAGAAUGAGAGCCUGCACACUCCUGUCAAAGGUUUUCCUCCAACACCUGUCUCCUCUGCUGUCCCUGCCUACCUUUGCUGCCCUCUGGCUCACCAUUCUGGAUUUCAUGGACAAAUACAUGCACGCAGGAUCCAGUGACUUACUGUUGGAGGCGAUCCCUGAGUCUCUGAAGAACAUGCUGCUGGUGAUGGACACAGCAGGAAUCUUCCAUAGCGCUGACUCCAGGACAGGAUACUCAGACUUGUGGGAAAUAACCUGGGAACGAAUCGUCUGCUUCCUGCCUCACCUGAGGGAGGAGCUCUUCAAACAGACCGUCAUACCAGAUCCGGUACCCAGUCCUCCAGCAGAGCCCGUGCAGCCGACAGCAGGCCAGCCUUUAUCCCCUCAAGUUUCUCAGUCGCCCUCCCCAGUCCCAGGUACCCCUGCAGAGACAAAGACAGCCAGCAGGCCAGCAUCCCCCCAGGAGCCCCAACCAGCCAGUGCCAACGGAUUAGACCGGUCGUCUCCGGUCCCACCCUCCAUUCCCCCCAUGCCGGUGCCGUUAACAACGUCCCCUGUCCAGGCUCCCUUACCCUUGACCCAGUCCCCCCUCAUCCUUCAGCCCCUCGCCUCCCCUCUGCAGGUGGGAGUCCCACCCAUGUCCCUGCCAAUCAUCCUGAACCCUGCCCUCAUCGAGGCCACUUCCCCUGUACCGCUGCUUCCCGGUCUCAGACCUACGAGCGCUUCUGAUGAAGUUAAGUAAGAGAAUUCAAGCUACCCUCCACCCACCUUUCUAAACCACCACCCCUUUAACAACUGGAUCCAACAGUCUUCAACGACAACUUGUAGAGCCCAUCACCAGGUCUUUAAAAGGAUAUGAUAUGUACGAGACGACAACAAAUGUAUUCCACCUUUUAUUUAAAGGAGAAAUCCUCCUAAACAUGUGACGUUGUUAGAAAACACCAGUUGCUGUGAACAUUGCAUUCUUUGUGCCAUUUCUAUGUUUAGUAUAUUCUUAUUCCUGUGGAGAGAUGACUAACUGGAGACGACAGGACAGCAUGUCCAGAUAUUCAGGAACAGAAAAUGCAGGAUGAAAGUCAAACUAUGGAAAAUAUUAAAAGAUUAAAAAUCUGAUUGAAGUGGGUUCACCAAAAAUGUAGAUUCCACGCAGGGCUGUAGCUACACUGAGGUCCUGUCCUCACAACUGUUGGGUGAGAAUUUGGGUGUUUUGGUGACCUGGAAAGUUUAUUGGCUGAUUCCAGCAUUUUUAAACGCAUUGCAUUCUAUUUAUUUUUAAAAUAAUACAAUCAAAUAUAAAUUGCGAUUCAGUAUUUCCCCACCACAGUUGUAUUCUUAGGAGUGUAAGGCAGGUGUUAGUUGGUGUUGAUGGUCUCUCCAGACUCUCCACCCUGAGGCUCUCAGCUCCAAGCCCAGUGAUUCCUACUGAAGACUCGAAUCUUUUAAACACAACUCACAAGUAAACUGGUGUGUGUGUGUGUGUGUGUGUGUGUGUGUGUGUGUGUGUGUGUGUGUGUGUGUUCAUGGUAAUGAAGAAACAUGUGAGCCAGUGCAUCAGCUCACUGAUGUGUUUUUAACACGGUGGAGAAGAUCAGGCUUCUACACACAAUACACAAUACAAUACUUGUUAGUAGGAUUCAUUAACUGUUGCUGUUGCUCUGCACAUGGGAUUUGUUGGUAGUAAGAAAAAUCUAAAAUUGCACCGGCUUUGGGGGACGUGGUCUCAUGACCGCAGUGUGUUCUGGCUGCAGCCCUGAUUUCAUGAACAGUUUUCACGUGAGUGGGAUUAUUCCUAAUAUGUCCACCAUCAGGUUAAUGUUUUUAGGGUCAUCACAUUAGCCUGAUGUUGCAUAUGAUAAAAAAUUAGAAUUUUAAAACCGGGGUUAGCUUCGAGUUAGCACGGUCUCUCCCAUGUUUUCUCAUGCACUUGUUGGAAAUCAUUCAGAAGUUUCCAAAGCUUUUAACUUGAUAAGACCAGGAUGACCUCAUGGCUUCGCUCGCACACCUGUGCUUCAUAUUAAUCUAGAGAUUUUCGGCAGUGGCAGUGAAGAUCCACACAUGUAAGUUAUUGGGGUUUUAGGUACUGCAUGUUGUUGAUUAAACAGGAUUUCCAGAGCUUCGACUUCAGUCGGAUGUUCCAGAGGUCUUAACAGAGCUGUUCUAUGAGCCGCUGUCAUCACACACUGAGGGAUGAGUGUCUGAUUAAAAACUGUACAGGAAAACUGCUUUAUUUAUAUAGUUGUCACUUUUUGUUUCUGUUCUCCUGUCACGGCCACAGACAGACACUGGCCUGUUCUCUUUAUUUCUCUUCAAUUCUCCAUGAGCUCUUUUCCCCCAACAAACAACAACAACCUUUGAAUUUGGGCACCUUAUGAAAUCCUCUUCCACUGUGUGAAGCCUUCUCAGAUGUACAUGUCACAUCUACAACAUUCCAUAAUGUAGAUUCUCCACUGUACAGAGGACAGUCAGAGAUCCAAAUAGGGACUUUUAUGGUUUAAAAUUGGUCUAACAAAUAUUAAGAGUUGAGCAUUGAUGUCAUGUUAUCAUGUUUGUGUAGCUUGCUGCAACAGUCCACAUGAUUAAUCCCCAGGGCCUGAGGAGCUCUUUGGGUCACUGGGUUACUCAUCAUAUCACACGGAAAUCUAUGGAGAUCUACUUAACACCUUAUUGUUAAAUGUAAUCCUUACUGAAUACUUACCUCUCAAUGUAUAUAAUUGAAAUAGUUUACUAUGAAAAGCAUCCAUCUCCAUACUAUAGUUUUCAUGUUAAGUGUUAUAUUUUCAAAAACUUGAUUUCAAGUCAAUAACUUUAUUCAUCCGCAGUGUGUGUGUGCUAGAUUACAUAGCAGAGCACACACACACAUCUCAGUAGAGGGACAAAUAAUACAAUAAACAUAAAGAAAUACUCAAAUGUAUCAAUUGUCUAGUAACAAAGUUGACAGAUUGAGCUCCACAAGCAGAGUGCCAUCUUGUUCCAUUGUGUCGGAGAGACUACGGCUCGCUCCAAAGCCAUGUAGAUUGAUAAAUGGCUCUACAGGUGAGAGGAGAAAUAUGGAUGAACUGUUCCUUUAAUGCAAAACAGACAAACUGCAGGACUGUGACAGUAGAAAUGUUGACAUCAAAAGUAUACUCUUAAACCCAUCUGCUGAGAUCUUUUUGUGGUAUGUAAUAACAAUUGGUAACCAUGGUAACGCAUAUGCAUGGGAGUGCAGGGAUUUUCCCUGACAGUGAAAAGGAGUUAACGGAGAUGGUUUUUGACGGGGCACCACUUUGAAUGACUUACUUACCAGAGUGGGAUUUAGACCACAUAUAUUCAAAUAGAUAUUUUAAAAAGUCAAAUAUGGUAGUGCUAUAAAUUCAGUGGUUAUUGACAUUUCCACAUGUGGUUGCAUUUCACAAUGAGGUGUUGAGCUGCUCCAGUUUGCUUCCAUAGAGCUCUGUUGACAUGCUUGCAUGCUGAUUGUGCCUUGUGUGCAACGACAUGGACCCUGACAAAGUGAUACUCAUUUUAAUGCCAAAUAUGUGACCUACACCAAGGUGUAUAUGUGGCCCUGGGAUCCUCAGUGAUGAAAAUGUUAUUUAUUGAGUUGAGAAAGAAGAGAUGAACGUUCCCACUGCAGUACCGUUGGCAGUCAGGUAAUACUACAGCCUUAUAGAGCCGCCUACAUGAGACAUUUUGUAAGCUGUGUGCUUAUUUGUUGUAGGGACUCUUAUCAGGAGUCUUACAGGAAAUUACAUGAAUAUAAUGUGUAUAUAUAAAUGAAAGGUAAUGUACUUUUUACUAGGUAAUAAAUAUAAUGUAAAGAAA